GUUGUGAUCUAAGUUCUGUUUUGACUUGACGAGACAAGGUUGGGGGUUCAUGUGCGACGCGUAAAUUGAAAAACUAAAAAUGCCGAUUCCUCAUGUAACUGGAGCUCUCUGACAUUCCAGCUGUGACACAGAUGCAGUUGGAGGAUGGCUGGCAAAUCAAGUGCAUGCAAAGUUCGGAAUGUGGAUAUCAACCCAUGCAUUGAGGAGAGUGAUGGUUCUCAAAAAUGUUUGGAUGCAUACAACUAUGAUAAGAGCAUGUGUUCUGCAUACUUCAUGAGAUAUAAAAACUGCAGGAAGUACUGGCAUGGUGUGAUGCUGCAGCGUAGGCGUGAUGGAGUGAAGCCUGAUAUGCCAACCGCUGAGGAGCGAGAGCAGAUCAUCACAGUCCUUGGAGGGAAGCCUUACUGACUGCACAGUAGCAGUUAAAAAGUGUGUGUAUGUUUGGACUCAAAAUAAAUUUCUUGCAGAGGACACCCA